UUAUGCAUAAUUAUGAAGGUGUGUUGGAAGGACCUAAACCGAAUGAUAUCAUCAAUCUUAUUCGGUCACAGUAUGGACACGAGCUUAAUUAUUCGCAGGCGUGGGAGUCUCGUGAGUAUGCAGUUAAUGAAGUCAGAGGAAUUCCUGAGAAAAGUUAUGGUAAGAUACCAAAAUACUUGUACAUGCUACAAGCAGCUAAUCCCGGUACGUAUACAAAUUAUGAAGUUGAUUGUGAUGGUAGAUUCCAAUAUCUAUUCAUAUCUUUUGGUCAGUCAAUUAGAGGGUUUUACAAGUCAAUUCGGAAAGUGAUUGUUGUUGACGGUACAUUUUUGAAGAGUAAAUACAAAGGAGUUCUUCUGGUUGCUACAGCCGUAGAUGGUAACUCUAAUUUGUAUCCAAUCGCAUUUGGCGUUGCUCGUUCUGAGAAUGAUGCAUCAUGGGAGUGGUUUUUCUUGCAACUUAAGACACUCAUAGCGGAUGAUCAAGGUUUAGCUUUUGUGUCAGAUAGGCAUUUGUCGAUCAGUAAAUCGCUUGAAAAAAUCUAUCCGUUAGCUUCCCAUGGUAUUUGCAUCCACCACUUGAUCGGUAAUGUUAUUACAUAUCACAGUGGAAGGGGUGUGGCUGGUAUGGUUGCAAAAGCGUCUAAAUCCUAUAGAGUUACUCAGUUUGAGAAGUUGUUCGAGGAUAUUUGCAACAUCAGUCCAGCGAUUGGUGCAUACUUAGACGAUGCUAAUGUUGAAAAAUGGGCUCGCUGCCACUUUCCGGGAUUUAGAUACGACAUUAACACCAACAACCCUGCAGAAUCAAUCAAUUCUGCUUUGAGAUCACCUAGAGAGUAUCCGAUAAUUCCUUUGUUAGACAGCAUUAGGGAGAUGUUGACACGUUGGUUUUAUGAGCGAAGAGUAUUAAGUGCAAAGCAAAAAGAUCCGUUGACUAUUGAGGUGGAGAAAAAGAUUUCUAGAAGAAUAGAGAAAGGUAAAUUUUUUAAAGUUUAUCCGAUUACUAGUAACAGAUUACAUGUUAAAGCAAACGGAUUCGACUUCGUCGUUGACUUGGAAAGAAGAACAUGUUCAUGUGGGAAGUUUGAGAUAGGGAAACUUCCUUGUAGACACGCUAUAAAAGGAGCUUAUGCGAUAGGCAAGUGUAUAUACCCAUAUGCUGAUGAUGUGUAUACCACUGCCACUUGGAGAUCGUUAUAUGAGGAAACUAUUAAUCCAAUUGGUGUUCCCGAAGAAGAAUGGCGUGUCCCAGAGGAGGUUGCAGCUGCAAUUGUGUUACCACCUGAAACAAGAAGACAACCUGGUCGACGAAGAAAACGAAGAUAUGAAACGGCUGAAGACAAGAUAAAAGCGUCACAACAAUCACAAUUGUCAAAGAGACAUAGGUGUAGUCGUUGUGGAAAAGAAGGCCAUAAUCGAACAACAUGUGACAUAGCUAUAUGAUUAAGGAUUAGAAAGCAACUUCAAAUUAUGAGCAGCUUCAUGUUUUUCCGAUUCACUACCAUGGGAGGUUGCGGGGUUCAGUUCUUAGUUUUUGAUUUUAUUCUAAUAAUUUUCGUUUUGCUUUUUUGAGUAUUACAUUCACUUAUACUUAUAUUUUUGU